GUGCAGCCAUUGAAAGUGAAAGUACACGUUUUACAAUAACAGGAUAAUUUGUGGGUUUAAUUAUUUCUUUAAAUCUGUCUAUCCUUAUAGACCCAUUGAGUAACCAGUAUUCUGUCUCACUCGUAGAUCAGAUGGGCAGCAGUUGAUCGCUGUAAGGCUCAAUCUCUCUUAAACCGAUGGAGGUACAUCGAGAUCUUUCACCUCCCUCCGCAGCAGGAGCUCCAGUGUGGACUAAUGCAUCCUCCGCAAUUCCCAACCAAACCUUCCCUCCUCCGAUUCUGUUUCCGACGGAGAACUGGACCGGCGGCCGAACUCCGGAUUAUGCGCCGGGAGUCGCCGGGAUCCUCAUCCCUCUCGUCUACAUCGCUGUGUGCGUCGUGGGUCUGAUCGGAAACACUCUGGUCAUCCACAUCGUGCUGCGAUAUUCCCAGGCGGAAUCGGUGACCAAUAUCUACAUCCUGAAUCUGGCGAUCGCAGACGAGCUCUUCAUGCUGGGCCUGCCGUUCCUCGCCGUUCAGAACGGCCUGCUCUCCUGGCCCUUCGGAUCGCUCAUGUGUCGCCUGGUCAUGACCGUAGACGCCAUUAACCAGUUCACCAGCAUCUUCUGUCUGACGGUGAUGAGCAUCGACCGCUAUCUGGCUGUGGUGCAUCCUCUCCAGUCCUCUAGGUGGCGCCAACCGCGUGUGGCCAAAACGGUGAACGCCACCGUAUGGGGCGUUUCUUUUGUGGUGGUUUUGCCUGUGGUUGUGUUCGCUGGAGUUCUGCAGGACGACGGGAACUGCAGCAUCGUGUGGCCCGAGCCGGCGGAGGUUUGGAAAGCGGCGUUCAUCGUGUAUACCGCGACUGUUGGGUUCUUCGGUCCUCUGACGGUCAUCUGUCUCUGCUACCUGCUGAUCGUGGUUAAAGUGCGCAGCUCCGGACGAAGAAUCCGCGCCACGUCGAUCCGCCGCCGGAAAUCCGAACGCAAGAUCACGCGAAUGGUGGUGAUCGUCGUGGCCGUGUUCGUCUUCUGCUGGCUGCCGUUUUACGUCUUAAACAUCGUGAAUCUGCUGGUUCUCCUGCCGGGAGAGUUCAGAGGGCUGUAUUACUUCGUCGUGGUUCUUUCUUACGCCAACAGUUGCGCGAAUCCCAUUCUGUACGGUUUUCUCUCGGAUAACUUCAAAAGAGGUUUCCGGAAAGCCUUGUGCAGAUCCUCCAGGCGUGUGGAAAACCGGGAUCAGCCGCAGGGAACGGGAAUGGUUGCGUUACCGCUAGAGGAGAUCCGGAGAGAACUGGAUCCGAAGGAGCAUCUGAAGGUGAGCGAAGUAGAAGAACACAACACCGACCAUGAGAUGACGAAACUCCGGAACGGAUGUCGCGAGGACAGCGGGAUAGCAGACGCCGCUGCCGGAGGAAUGGAUGGGCGAUGUGAGCGCUCCAUCAGCCUGACCUCUGACCCCGCAGCUGUCCGUAAUGGAGCGCGGCGGACACACGAACACCUGCCGGAGAACAGUGACGACAAACGCUCGGUCCUGGAGAUCAGCUGUGUGUAAUGAGAAAUGUGAAUGUUCAUUUAUGACAAUUAAAUGCAGAUGAUUUGGCAACACCGUCCAUUCAACACUGCCAACUGUGACCAAUCAGCUCAAAGAAAACACAACCUUUGCUCCUAUUCUUUAUUUAGAUGUCCAUCUGUGAUGUCACUGACUAUGUUUACAUGUGCACCAAUAAUGUGAUUUCCAAUAAUCAGAGUAAGGACUUAAUCGUCGUUUACAUGGCAUAAGCAAACCUCUUCACUCCCGUUUACAUGCAAUUCUCAUUAUUCUGAUUAUUUGCUAAGAAGUGUGAUAAUUUUUACUGCCAUCAUUGUUCUCUCUUUUUCACAAGAAUGUCACGAGUCAAGAAGUUCCAGAUGCCAAAUUCAGACUUUAUUGACUGAAACAACAAAGUCAAGAUGCCUGCGGAUCAUCUAGCAAUUACAUUUGCAAUUUUCUUUUUUAUAAAGUACUUUCCACCCUGUUUAACCAGUGAGUAGCCAAAUCACAUAGCAACUCCAAAGCAACCACCUAAACAACUACAUAUCAACUCCCUAGCAAC